CCAAAACAGUCAUCCCCAUCUACUGGAAGCAGGCGAACACACCCCCGAUAACACGAUGGCUAGAGGAAGUGGAAACCACUAGGAAAUUUGAAGACCUAAUGGCAAACACUCCGAAACUUCGAGACCGAUAUACCACACGCUGGUUCCACUGGAUACGAUUAACCGCAUCAAACGACUUUCAACGCCGCCUGGCCACACG